CAUAUCUAGCGUCGAAUCAAAGCGGUAAAUUGGUUGUCAUUUGUAAAAAGUUUUAAAAAGUAAUCAAAGUAAAUUAGAUAUUAUGAAUAACAACAAUGCAGCGUUAGAGCUCGUUUGCGAGACAGCCAAUUCGCUGUUUCCCGAAUUGAAUAUGCGACCAAACGAGCUGUCGCAUCCAACAGAAGCAUUUCUAACGAAGGUGCUGAUCUGCUAUUUGCGUUCCUUUGGCUUUCGAUUGGAGCCACCAUAUAAUAUCGAGAGCGAGGUGAAGGAUACGUCCAGAGAGAAGCGCUUGUUCCUGAGCAAGCUGUGCCGGCAAGUGGAGCGCAUAAUACAAAUAUCAUUCCCUGGCAAAACUUUCACAUACAUAGAUAUAAUAGAGCCAACUGUUAAGAAGACAUCUAGCACCCUGGAUGUGCUCUUCAAUUACAGAUGUUUCUAUAAAAUGCAAAAAAAGGAGAUCCUUUGUCCCAUUGCCGAUCAGCUCAAGGAGCGGCAGGCUUUAAGCGCAGCCAUCGCUGCAAAACGCUCUGAAUUGGAACUUAAUAAACAGAAGGCAGAGCAAAUGAAAGUUGAUAUUGUUAAUUGCCAGACGAAUAUAGCCAAAUUGAGCGUGGAGUUGCCAAAAGUAAUGGCCGAACUGAAGGAGCAAUCAAAGAUCCUACAGCAAAAAGAAAUGGAGUUCGCUUUGCAGGAGGAACAGCUGACAGAACUCAACGGUCAGGUUAAAAAAUUCCAGCAGUUGUUGGUAAAGGAAACUGAGGUGGAGCUGGUCGAAAGCCAAACAGCGCAAAUACUUGCACGCAUUGAGAGUAGCAAACAGGAAAUGGAGAAGCAGGAAGAGCUAUAUAAAGAACGUCGCUUGGAAAUCGAAGCCAAUCAGCAGCUGAUCGAUGAAUUAGAGAAGGCGAUGAACAUAUUGCCACCGGAGCUGCUUAGCGAGUACAAAGACAAUCUCAAGCUCAAGGAGCGAAUGGAGAAAAAGCAUAUAUCAAUAGAAUCGAAAAAUCAAAAUCUCUCAACUGGAAAUGAUAAGCAAAAAGUGCAACUUCUAGACUGCGAAAAAAAGCUCAAAACACUUAAGCUACAAUUCGAAAAUGAUGCACAAGAGCCAAAGCAAAGGAUCACAGAACUGGACACAUUCAUCAAUCAACAAGAAAACCGCAUCGUAGAGCUGGAGCAGAGUAAAGGCCAGCUGCAGGAGCAAAUCGAGGGGGAGCAGCGCGAUGCGGAGCAAAUCAAAAUAAUAGUCUCUUCCUUAGUAGAUCACUGUGUGGUUUAGACUUAAUAUAUUUAUUUGUUAUUGCUAAAGUUUAAACUGUUUUUUUGUGGUUAGGGACGAACGAAGAAUCGAGAA